AUGGAUCUAGAGUGGAAGCCGAGUGCUUGCUCAAAAUCGCCGAGAAGCUUCUACACAAUCUUGGCCGUCACCGACGUGCUCUUGACCGCCAACAAGUGUGUAAACAACCACCCUGAUUGCCCAUCUUCAUCGCCAAACCCAGGAUAUGGGUGUCUUGAUAAAUUUUUGGGGGAGAAAGGGAGAGAGAAAGAGAAAGAGAUCAAGAAGGGGUCAUCAAAAGCAAUAUGGCAGUUUUACUGCGUUGUGCUUCUCCUUGCCUCAGCCUUUGCUCCAAGUACUUCAUGGUGGAUCUACAAAGGUCUUACAAGGGACUAUGUGCGCAUCGUCAACAACCUCAUUAACCAACAACUCCAGUACCAAUGUAAUUCCAAAGACAAUGAUUUUGGCCUUCGUAGUCUUCCGCCCAAAGGGGAGUACGAAUGGGGAUUUCGGGUCAUCUUCUAG